AUGACUUCAGGGCGCCCAUGGUCGUCCUCCGUCACCUCCGCUUCUGAGCCCCCUCGUCAACACCGUCAACAACCGUCUUCUCCGACAUCCUCCUCGUCGAUGCUUGAUGACAGCCCAACCACCGGCCGUGUCCUCAAUACCCUCCCUGCCUCAUCGACCACCAGUCUUCUCUCGGCACCGCCCACAAGAUCUGCUCGAAGACCAAUACCCAGCCCGCUCUCUUUGACGGCCGCCCUGUCCGCCGCGAGCCCGUCGCCAAGCCGGCCAAACUUCCCAGCGCCAGCGACGGCUCCCAUCCUGAGGACCGCCAUCCCCUACAGUCCAACGUCGCCUGUCGACGAGCCGCGCUCUCCGAGGGAAAAGCUGGACGACCUGCUGGCCACGGAGAGGACGUAUUACCAGAGCGACUCCUCUGGAAAAUCGACGCCCGAUCCGACAUUCUCAUCGUUCGUCACGACUCAAGCUUUCCGGCGCCCAGCUGCCUUUCCCGUUUCGCUGACACAAUCCCUGGACAGACCCAACGCACCCUCCCGCGCCACGAAUGACAGUCGAAGUGUCUCCGACCCUGUUGCGCCCCGCAAGCCUGCUGUCAUAGGCUUGCCGAGAUCUCCGAUGCCUCCCGGCAUGGCUGCCGGUCCCUCGGCUGCUUCCCGGGCAGAGCCGACAAAGGGUGCCCCCCGAACCUCCUCCAUGGACUCCGCCAUAUCCGCUGCGACCAAGACGAGCUCGCAAAAGGGAUCGCGAGAGCUCGAGACCGAUUCACAGGAUAUUGCCGGCCUCAUCAAGACGGCCGGCAGCCCUGAAGCAGUGAUCCAGUAUCUGUUGAAGGAGAAGCAGUCCCAGGCGCAACAGAACGCGCAGCUAUGGCGCCUCGUCGACAAGCAGCGCGCUAUGAUUCUUGGCCUCAACAAGGGACCUGGAACGGUCACUGAAGGAAAAGGAGAAGUACCUCCCCAAGGUGGAUGUCCAUGGCCCGACCGACCAGCAGCCCGCGGCGCCGACUCCCCUAGCCUCGACUCCGACAGCCAAAAGCAUUCUCCUAUCGAUCUCGCCAUGGCCCCGUACCCGAUCACGCCCCCCGCCGACCAGCCACACAAUGGCCCUCCAUCAGCUGUGGGUGAGAUGCUCGACCCUUCUCACACAAUGCCCAAGCCUCAGGAGCAUGCGUACGAUCGGUACGACCAUGAGGCGGAAGAGAAGGCAGAACAGGUCGCACGACAGCAAGAUGACCAAAGACAGCUUCAAGAGCUGCCGCUCAACCUUGCUCUACCGCCAUCUCGAAGUUUGCCAAGCAAACCGCCCAGGAUGCCUCCUCCAAACCCCCCUGUGGGACCUCCUUCGCCUGUCGCCGCUUCACAGGCCAGCCCUCAGACGGACGAGGGUCUCGCGAAAUUCCCGGCACCCCCGCCCCGCAAAGCACCACCCGCGCCUCUACAACUUCACAAGGAACGAAGUGUGAUUCUUGACGAGGACGAGACAGAUUCCGAUUUUGAUGACAUUCUUCAAGUGAACAGGGACAUUGACCCCAAGCGCGGUCGACGGAGGACCAGAGAAGAGGACGAUAGAAUGCGAGAGAUUCUUGCCCAACAGGAAGCAGAGAGGCGUAGCCUGUCGAAGAAGAGCAAGUCGCAGAGCCAGAAGAGCACGCCCACAGAGCCCGAGCACCCCGGACGGUCGGAGGCCAUACCGCCAAGCCCAAGAGAGAUCCCUCAGCAGCUUGCGCUGCAACAAAACGGCCCGGCAUCCCUCGCAGGCGUUCUCUCUGGAGACCGCAUUCAGACCACUGUCGUCACUGGCCCCUUGAGCCCCGGACUUCUCAGUCUCCCCGCCCGUUCGGCGCUGCGCCGUCGGGAAACUCGCGUCUUCAAGGGAUUUGUCACAGACGAGUAUCCCGACCUCCUCCUCCCUCCAAACGCACUGCCCUCGAUCCAGAUCAAGGUUGCCUCGUCACGUAUGAAGCCUUCACGAGCCAGUGUAUUAUCCCUGACACAACUCGAAGAGGACCCCGUGUUCACUCUGGCUGUGUUCAGCCGCGCCAACGGUGCAGAACUCUGGCGCGUCGAGAAGGAUCUUGCGUCUCUCGCUAAGCUCGACCAGAAGCUGAAGAAUUGCUCGACUGUGACGAUCAAGGCUCCUGAUAGGGCACUGUUCAGCGGACACGCACCGGCGAAACUUGACGCUCGCCGCAUUGCACUAGACUACUACCUCGAAGAAAUCCUGGAGACGCAGCUUGACCAGACGGCCGCGACGGAAUUGUGCAAAUACCUCUCCACUCACACUCUGCCUCCGAACUCUGACGAAGCUUCGACCCCCGACAUCAUCGAGUCAGCCAACGCGAGAGCCGGCCCGGUGGCUCGCUUCUUCGUGCUCGAUGGACCUCAGCUCAAGUACUUUGAGGCACCCGGCGGAGCUCACCUUGGCACCAUCAAGCUGCCUCAUGCUCAGAUUGGCAAGCAGUCUCAGCACAAUGAAAGCCAGUCGCCAGCUCCCGGCGCGAAUGGCGAUGACUUUGAUAACCAGUACCGCCAUGCGUUCCUCGUCCUGGAGCCGAAGAAGAAGGAUUCGAGCAGCCACGUAAAGCACGUGCUCUGUGCGGAGAGUGACAUGGAGAGGGAUCAGUGGGUCGACGCCCUUCUCCGGUGGAUUGACUACCGUGAGCCUGGCGAAGAAGAUGGCCGGUCCGGGAAGGACCACACACACGACAGGCAUGGCUCGGGCGGAUCGGAGCGCAACAUGGCAACUUGCCGCACUCGGCGCCGGGACGACCCAAAACAUCCGGAGGCCUGCCGGAGCACCCAGGCCAUAACGAGGCCGCGCAGGCGCCCAUGGUCAUCUCAGGCCCCAAGGACAUGCACGUCAUCUCCGACUCGUCCUCGUGGGGAAACAAAGCCGCAGGCGCUUUCCGUUCCCAGCUACGAGGAGAAGAAGCAGCGGAAGAGGAGCUUUUUCGGUUUCGGGCCGAAGACGACGAGAUCGUCUGGUGAUGGUGGUUCGGAUGGGCUCUUUGACGGCAGCUCCGCGUCAACGCCACCACAGGGCGCAGGGUACCAAGGUCCGGUCCGCCAGGUGUUCGGAGCGAACCUGGCCGAGGCUGUGCGAUACAACUCGCCUGUCGAUGUCGACGUUCCCCUGCCGGCCGUUGUGUACAGAUGUAUCCAGUACCUGGACGCCAAGAAUGCCAUUCUCGAGGAGGGUAUCUUCCGGCUCAGCGGCUCCAACGUGGUCAUCAAGCAGAUUCGGGAGCGUUUCAACAUUGAAGGCGACAUCAACCUCAUCACGGACGAGGCGUUCUACGACAUCCACGCCAUCGCGUCGCUCCUGAAGCUGUACCUGCGCGAGCUGCCUACCACGAUACUGACGAGGGACCUGCACAACGAAUUCUUGUCCGUCACGGAGAUGACGAGCCCCAAGGACAAGGUCGCGGCGCUGAACGCACUGGUUCAGCGUCUGCCGCUGGCCAACGCAACGCUUCUCAAGUACCUGCUCGCGUUCCUCAUCCGGAUCAUCAACAACGCCGACAUCAACAAGAUGACGGUGCGCAAUGUCGGCAUUGUCUUUUCGCCGACGCUCAACAUCCCGGCCCCGGUGUUUGCGAUGUUUCUGCAGAACUACGAGCCCAUCUUUGGCGUCGACGCCGAGGAGUAUGAGCUCCCGUCACCGAGCAGCGCCAGCGAGUCGUCCCGCGACGCGCCGCCGCCGCCGCCGUCGGCUGGCCUGCCCCGGAGGCCGAGCGACGGCCAGAGCGCGCGGCCGGGCACCGCGGACCACAGCCCGUCUCCUCACCGGCAGCGCUUGAUGGAGGCCGUCACGGGACAAGCGCAGCCUCGACAGGGAAGCACGCCGCCGCCUCUUCUACAAGACCUCAACGCCGCUCGAGGGGGCACGAACUCGCCGCAGAACUUCUCGGGCCAUCGCGGGAUGACGUAUGAGCCCCAGUAUGCCCAACAGCAGCAGCAGCAGCAGCAGCAGCAACAACAACAACAACAACAACAACAACAACAACAACAACAACAACAACAACAGCAAUAUGGCAGGGCUGGGUACGAAGGCGGCAUGGGUGGACCCCAGGGAUACGAAGGAGCGGGCUACCACCAGCAGGCCCGCGGAGGGUAUUCUGCCGGUCCGAUGGACGGUGGAAAUGGGGGGUACGAGCAGCAGCAGCAGCAGCAGCAGCAGUGGCAGCAGCAAAAGCCCAACCGGCGGCGCGAGAGUGCCAUUUUCAACGGCGGCAUGAUGAACACGAAUCAGCAAGCGGCGCGGAGUGGGCUCCGUGAGGAGACACGAUUCUAG